UCGGUUCGCGUUCCACGUUUACAUAGGUCGCCAAAUAAGGUCCAUUUAUGUUGAUCGUACUUUUCUCUUUCCCGUCAUCCCCUCUCUAGCGGAAAGCAGUGUACAACAGCGCAUAUACCGGAAUCGUCAAUUGAGGUGCCGCGCACUCGCGCCCGUCUUUCCUUUCACGUGACUCGUCGACGUAGACGCGACCUCGCGUACGCACAUACGUACGCGCGCACGCACGCGAUCGUUUCCCCGUCGCGUCGUAAACCGAGAGUCGGUCGACGCGAGAAAGAGAGAGCGAUCGCCAACGACUGCCCGAGAGAAGUCACGGACGAGCCGCUGUGUAGAGGAGUCACGUGAUCGUCUUAUAGUUGGAUAUAGUUUGCCGAAGACAUGGCGGACAAGGAAGAUACCGAAAAGACCAUCGCCGAGGACUUGGUUGUCACCAAGUAUAAAAUGUCCGGCGAGAUUGUGAACCGGGUUUUAAAGCAAGUAUUAGAGAAAUGCGUCGCUGGAGCAUCUGUGAGGGAGAUAUGCGAGUAUAGUGACAAGCUACUUCUAGAGGAGACUAGUAAAGUUUUUAAAAAGGAGAAGGAGCUUAAGAAGGGAAUUGCUUUUCCAACAUGCAUAUCAGCAAAUAAUUGUAUUUGCCACUUCUCUCCCAUUACUAGUGAACCUGAUCGUAUACUUAAAAAUGAGGAUAUGGUUAAAGUUGAUCUAGGAGCACAUGUUGAUGGCUUCAUAGCUGUAGUGGCACACACCAUUGUCAUAGGUUCUUCAGCAGAGAACAAAGUGACAGGCAGAAAAGCAGAUGUAGUUUUAGCUGCACACUAUGCUUCUCAAGCUGCAUUGAGGCUUUUGAAGCCAGGUACAGAGACUUACACGAUAACAAGAACCGUGGAGAAAAUAUGCGAUGCCUACAAGUGUAAGCCGAUCGAAGGAAUGCUAAGUCAUCAGUUAAAACAGUUCAAGAUCGACGGAGAGAAGACAAUAAUUCAGAACCCGAACGAUGCACAGAAAAAGGAGCACGAAAAGUACACACUCGAAACUCACGAGGUUUACGCGAUGGACGUGUUGGUUAGUACAGGUGAGGGGGUAGGAAGGGAACAGGACACUCGGGUCACAAUAUACAAGAAGACCGAAGAGACAUAUCAGCUUAAACUGAAGGCAUCUCGCAUGUUCUACUCGGAAGUCUCCCACAAGCACGGUCUCAUGCCAUUCAAUUUACGUACUUUUGAGGAUGAGAAGAAAGCUAAAAUGGCUGUAGUAGAGUGUGUAAAUCAUAGGCUGAUCGAGCCGUUCCAGGUGCUGUAUGAGAAACCGAACGAGUACGCUGCGCAGUUUAAAUUCACGGUGCUCUUGAUGCCUAAUGGACCUCACAAAAUUACAGGUAUUCCCUUUGACCUGGACGUUUAUCAAUCCGACUGUGUUGUGGACGAUCUUGAGUUGAAGAAUCUUCUGUACUCUUCGGCGAAUCCGAAGUCCGCGAAAAAGAAGAAAAAGAAGGCGGAGAGAGCAGUGGGAGAUGUCGCGAUGGAAGUCGAUGCCAAGGCCUAACACUGUCAUUUUAACAUACACCAUGACUUACGACAUCGUGCACUACUCCGAUAUUUUUUAUUUAGCGAUUUAAGGGCCAAGGCUGGACACUUUCGAAAUAGAUCGUAACAAAUAGCCGUAACGUCAUCCAGAGGCACUGCAUCGAUAAGUCGCACUGCGCGACGCUUCGCGUUGCUAUGUCCUCGCCAUCCUUGUGAAGGAGUAUCGUAAUUAUCUGGUAUAUUUGCGCGUGCGUGCUUAUACACACACACGUACACACACACACCCACCCACCCACAUACACACACACACAGCAUAUACACGUGGAGACUUUGUGCUCUUGACAGAAGUGCCGACUUUUGCUCUGCCAGAAUAAAAUCUUAUCAUACAUUACGCCACAAUUUACACACACCAUCGACGCUUAAGUUUUUAUACCGGAGUAUCUUUUAACGGAUCAUGGUAUUAUUAUUACUGUACGCGGAUUGGUGAUUAUUCGUAUGUGACUAUUACUUGCAAUUGUUGUAUCGCA